AUGGAGCGCACCCAGCCGCAGUACGACUGGGAGCGCUGCGAGAUGAUUAUGAAGGCACCGCGGCGACGCACCCGCCCCUCGGGAAGCGCGUCGCCAAGCGUGCCCUACCGUAUCGUGUCCGCGGCCGUUUCCGCCCGCUCUUUCCAGUUCGUCGACGCCGAGGAGCUCGUACGGCUAGCCCGAGAAGAAGGCCCUAUCCGCAUCUGCACCAUCCACGACUUCCCUGGCGAACAACCGCCGGAGCCAGGAGACCCUCCGCCGCCACCGGACGGGCCCUCCGAGCUCCCGCGGGAGUUUGCCGACUACGCUGACGUUUUUGACGAGGCUCGUGCGGACGCCCUGCUGCAGCACCGCCCUAGCGACCACAAGAUCGUUGUGGAGCCCGGCAAGACCAUACCGCACGGCCCCCUCUACCCCCUGUCUGCCAAGGAGCUCGACGAGCUGCGGAAGUACUUGGACAAGAACCUUUCCCAAGGCUUCAUCCGCCCCUCGAAGAGCCCUGCGGCCGCGCCGAUCCUGUUCGUGCCCAAGAAGGACGGCUCCCUCCGCCUCUGCGUCGACUACCGCGGGCUCAACAGCGUCACGGUCAAGGACCGCUACCCCAUCCCCCUGAUCUCGGAGCAGCUGGACCGGCUGGCCCGCGCGCGCUGA